AUGCUCAGCUUAGAAAUAUUGAAUCUUUCCCACAAUGAGCUCUCUGGUUCCAUCCCAAACACUUUCAACCAAAUGUUAAGCCUGACAUCUGUUGAUAUAUCCUACAAUCAGUUGGAGGGCCCUCUUCCAAGUAACAAAGACUUUCGAGAGCUCCAACAGAGGCAUUUACAAAUAAUAAAGGCUUGUGUAGCAACAUCACUGGGUGCCUUUGGAAGUGUAUAUAGAGCUAAGCUGCAAAGCGGUCAAGUUGUUGCUGUGAAGAAACUUCAAGCAUUAGAGAAUGAUGACGGGGUGGCCAGUUUGAAAACUUUAACUAGUGAGGUUCAAGCACUAACAGAUGUAAGGCAUCGCAACAUUGUGAGGCUCCUUGGUUUCUGUUUGCAUCCGCGACAUGCCUUCUUGGUUUAUGAGUUCAUGGAAAGGGGAAGCUUGGAGAAGAUGCCAGGCAACGAUGAAGCAGCAACACAGUUUGGAUGGAUUGAGAGGGUAAAUGUUAUUAAAGGUAUAGUGAAUGCUUUAGCCUACUUGCACCAUGACUGCUCACCUCCAAUAAUUCAUCGAGACAUAUCCAGCAAGAAUAUUUUGUUAGAUUCAGAGCAUGAGGCAAUCCUCUCUAAUUUUGGCAUAGCUAGGCUUUUGGAAGCCAGACUCAUCCAAUUGGACCUCAUUUGCAGGCACCAUUUCUUUGGAAGCCAUCCAGGAGAUUUCAUCACAUUUUUAUCAACAUCAACAUCAUCAUCAUCAACUGCCCAUCAUUCACUGCUGAAAGAUGUGUUGGACCAACGUCUCUCACAGCCGAUGAAUGAAGUUGCGGAGGAUGUGGUCUUUAUGAUGAAGCUAGCUCUUGCAUGCCUGCUAUCCAGUCCACAGUCUCGGCCAACAAUUCAACAAGCUUCUCAACAGUUAUCAGAUCAAAAGCAGCCUUUACCAGAGGGGAUCCACACGAUAACAUUUGGACAACUGUCUGAUUUAAUGUAA